GCUGUUUGGAUUUUCGGUUAUAGUUAUCACUUGAAGAUCAGCACCCAUUUAAUUUGAUUUAUCUAUAUUUUCUACAAAGCUACUCUUCCAAAGUUUUGCAUAGUAAUGGAAAACACAUAUCAUUGUAUUUAUUGUAACAGUUAUGUUUCUGCACUUUAUACACAAUAUACUGAAGAAAUAAUUAAAAUGGAACAUUGUCCUAAAUGUGGAAAUAUUUCUGACAAAUACAUUGAAUAUGAUUUAUUCUUGGUUGCUAUUGAUCUUCUUAUCGGUCGUCUUGAAGCCUAUCGUCAUGUUAUUCAUAAUAUUUCAAAUUUAGGUUUCAGAAAGUUACUUUGUAUGUCUGUAUUAUUAAAUGCUUUUGUUUCAUGGCUAAGUGAACAACCAACAACUGUUAUUCACUUAGAGGAUCUUUCUAUUUCUUUCAGUUCAGAUUUAUUUAUUCAUGUCAUAUCUGUAUUUUUAUGGUGUUUAUGUUCUUGUUUGAUACUUGUACUUUUGUUCCCUAUAUGUAAAAUAACUACUAUAUCUGAUAUGAUCAAAGUAUUACUUAUUGUCAAUUUAAGUAGACUUUUAACAUUCUUUUUGUUAACAUGGAAAACUGAAUUCGACCAUACAUUUUCAGGAAGUUUACAGUUCUAUCCUUUUGUUUCUACAUGUGUAGCAGUAACACCGUGUAUUCAAAGUUUAAGAGCUGUAAAUAAUCUUAAUUUUACAAUUGCUGUUAUUUUGAGUAUACUUAUAUGUACUGUUAGCUAUUGUUUACCAAUAGUUUAUUAUUGUGUUGUGUUUUUACUAUUCACUACAAAAGAAGUCGCCAUGAAAUUUAUACUUCUACUGUUUUGCUUCACUUUUGUGAAUCUAUGUUCAUCUGACAACAGAGUUUCUGUGACAUUAAUUCCAAAAUGGAAAACUACACCUAUUCUAUCAGAGGCCAGCGAAUACGUUGCCAGGGAGUCAACUUCUGCAUUCUGGAGAUUUUUAGAUCUUAUAUCAGAAGACUCAGAGUUUAUGAAGAAGCAUUUAACACCUGUAACAGGAUAUCUUUCAGUGACUAACAAUAGAUUAUUAGAGAAGAGAGUUAAAGAUUUUGCCAUUCAGUCUAUUGGUGGAUCUCACUUAGAAAAUAGCUCUCUAGAAAUGCAUCGUCAUUUGUUUACCUUAUCAGUAUCAUCAAGAAUGUUUUCGCCAACAGUUGAAAUGUCUCAUCAACUCACUUUAACUAGUGCAAGUCAUUUGUUAAACUGUUCACGAGAAGGAGUUUCUGAGGAAUUAGUUAAACGAUCCUCUGGAACAACUUGGGCUCAUGUAGGUGCAGUGGCCGUUUUUUCCAUUGAUGAGCUGAAAGAGGCUAUCAAAAAUGCUAGGAAUAUUGACUCACAACCAGCUUUAUUUCCACUUGAUAAAAUUUAUUCACCAAAGGAUUCCUCCUCGAGUAAUCUUCCUACAGUAAUUUUGUUUGGUGAUUUAAGUCAUUGGGAGUUUUAUUCUUGGCAUAAAGCUUUAAAGUCUUUAUCCGACGAUGGUUUGUGCAUUUAUGCAUUCAGACAUUAUUUUCAGAAUCGAGAUUCGAAUAGAACAAGUUUAAAUGGUUAUGGUGUUGAACUUGCAUUGAAAAGUACUGAAUACAAAGCGAUGGAUGAUACAAAAACUGAAGAUCCGGAUAACCUGACAGUGAAGGAAAACAGUAAAAUUGCUGAUGUACCAGUUGUAGCCGGAUUUAAUUUCACACAAUUACAAAGUAUUUAUCCUGAAUUAAAAAAUCAACUCAAUGAAUUUCAUAGUCAUCUACUCUCAACAGAUAAUGAAUUACGUCCGUUAAAAGCUUGGCAAUGCCGUGAUUUAAGUUUACAGGCUAGUCAAGCAGUAAUGAAUGCAUACACGUCAGGUGAAAAACUCGAGGCUUUCAUUGGAUCGUAUAUUAAUUCCGGUUUAUGGAAUUUACGUGAUAUUAGUCAGAAUUUACCAGCAAGAGCAAGUCGUCUUGUGAAUGUAAAUGUUAGUGCAGAUCUUCGUAAAGAAUUAGGUGUAAAUCAAUAUCUUUUAACUGGAACACUAGGUAUACAACCUGGUCAAAGUCUACUCCUCUUAAAUGGUAUGUUACUUUCACCAUCUGUUGAUAUAUUCGCUUUAUUGGAUGUAAUACGUCAAGAAGCAAAAAUGAUGGCACAACUGCAUGCUUUAGGUAUACCAGGACCAAAUAUCUCACAGUUAAUCAUUGACUAUGGUUCUUCGAGUGAAUCUUCGUCAAAAUCUACUGAUGGAAAUAUACCAGGUUUAAGACAUAGUCUAUCCGGUCAAUUUGUUCUGGAUUUAUCCAAUUCACCAAUCUCGUAUAUUAAUAAUUUAGAAUCUGAUUCAGCUUAUGCUUAUUGGCCAUCAUCACUUCAUACAUUAUUCACGCUUGAUUUUUCCGGUGGUAUACGUCGGAUACGUAAAAAUCUGUACAAUGUCAUUUUAGUCAUUGAUCCUGCUUCAUCUGAAAGUCGUGAAAUGUUAAGACUAACAGAAUCAUUUCUUUUGCAUAUGACUGCAAUACGUUUUGGUAUCCUUUGGUCUGUGAAUCCUAAAGUCAACUCUACUGGUCUAUUACUGGCACGUAUUUCUGCCUAUAUAUCAUCUAGUAUAACUAAUUCACGUGAAUCUCCAUUUCCUGUCAAUAUAGACGGUUUAGGAUCACCUGGUGCAAUGGCAGCUUUAUCCUUUCUAACAGAAAUCUAUGCUAAUGCUGAAAAAUUAAACACCGAGUUAACUGUUGAUUUAAUUAAGAAAAAAUUUGAAAGACUAUUUCCAUCUGCUGAUUCUGAAGAUAUCUUUUCGCUAGCUCCUGGUACUAGUGAUUAUGAUAGUGAAGUUAAUGCACAUCAUGAAUUUCUAGUUCGUUCUGGACUGCAUUCAAUUAACAAAAUUCCAUUACUUCUAUUCAAUGGAAUUAUAUUGGAUAGUGAAGGGAUUAGAAAACUUGGCGGUUUUGAAGAUGCUGUAGUCACUUUAUGCAUGGAAGAGCUUAUACGUGUCCAGUCAGCUGUAUAUCAAGGCAGUAUGACAAAUUCACAUUCAAUAUUUGAUUUAUACCAGAAAACAGCUACUGUUGUUCCACGAUUCAAUUCACGUAUCUUAUUAAAGAAGGGGGAUAAUUCAAAUCAACGAUCUGGUGUUACUGCACCAAAAUAUAUCAAUUUUGAAGGUUAUUCUGUGGAACAUAAAUCUUCUGCUAAUGAAAAAUUGUCUACUUCGGAAUUAUUAAAAUCAUUUCUAGAUCAAAUGCGUUAUUUUCAGAAAGGAGAUGUGGAAGCAUCUAUUCGACCAGUUACUAUGUGGAUUGUUAUUGGAGAUUUAGAUAUCCAUGUGGAUCCAACAUUAUCUGAAGAAGAUCGUUUAUCCCUUGAAAUGGAUUUAAAUUUAGCCUUGAAUGCAUUAACUUAUCUACGUAGUAGUCAUUCCACUAAAGGAUUACGUAUUGGUUUUGUAUUCAAUCCAUCGAAAUCAAUUGAUCCAGGGAAAAAUUUGGAUAGUUGGUUAACACGUGUUCUAUAUCUAGUUGGAUAUCCUACCAAUAUAUCAAGUAAAUUUAGCACUCACAAUAAUAAUAAUGAAAUGACAAAAAUAAAAUAUGCUGAACAAAUGGCAGGACGUAAUUUCGGUAUACGUGUUAUUAAAGAGACAUUAGAAUCGAUUAAAGCAUCAAAACCGCUUAAAUCACUUGAUGAACUUGCAGUUUCGAGUAUGGAUACAAAAAAGAUACAAGAUGCUCUUCACCUAUUGGAUAGAAAUAAUUUUAUGCAAAUGCAUUCAUCUGUUGCUCGUCAGAUUAUUGGUCUUAAACCUGGUGAACGAGCUGUUGUGGUGAAUGGUAGAAUUUUAGGUCCAUUAGAACCAUUUGAAGAAUUCUUAAGCGAUGAUUAUCGUUUAGCAGAAAGAAUGGCUCUGGAUAAUGGAGCUAAACAACUUGGUGAUACAUUAGAAGAAAUUGUUGGGCAGAAAUUCGGUGGACCGGAGACUAUUUCUGAACUCACUUGGCAAAUGUCGUCAGUUCUUCAAUCAGGUAUUGAAGCUACUAGUUCAGUGAUAUCAGAAACGUCUUCAGUCGAUGGAAUCUCUGAUAAAGCUCAUAAUGGACAUAGAAUACGCCUUCAGGAUGUAACCUACAAACACUCUGGCUUUAUUAUUUAUGGUAAUGAAAAAGAACCGAAUUUUGAAGUAAUCGCUAUUAUUGAUCCAGCGUCUCGUGAUGCUCAACGUCUUUCACACAUACUUCUUGUAUUGCAGCACUCUUUACCGUGUACUGUAAAAGUUCUACUGAAUCCAACUGCUUCAUUGUCGGAAUUACCAGUGAAGAGUUUCUACCGUUUUGUAUGGGAACCGUCCCUUUUUCCUACAAAUGAAUCUGCUCACGUUGACUCUGCUAUCUCUCCUCGUGCUUACUUCACCAAUUUACCUGGCCAAUCAUUGCUCACUUUAGGAAUGGAUGAACCGCAUGGUUGGAUGGUUGCUGCUAUUGAAGCUGAACAAGAUUUAGACAAUUUACGUCUGUCUGAUUAUCAAUCUAGUAAACAUUUAGUAGAGGCUGUCUUUGAAUUAGAACAUCUUUUACUUGAAGGUCAUUGUAUUGAAGAGGCGAAUAUGAAACCACCACGUGGACUUCAAUUUACCCUGGGUCCUACACCAACUACUGAAAUGUAUGAUACAAUUGUUAUGGCUAAUUUGGGUUACUUCCAACUUAAAGCCAACCCAGGUGCAUGGUAUUUAAAUAUUCGAGCAGGAAAAUCACAAAAGCUUUAUGAAGUAUCUGGUCAAGAGCAUACUGAUACGCCUUUAAAUUCAACUGAAAUUAUUACACUGAUCAGUAAUUUCCGUUCAAAAAUAAUCGGAGUUUAUGUGUCUAAACGACCAGAAUAUGCUGGUGAUAGUAUCCUGGAUGAUGAUACUACUACAGAAGAAUCAACUUCUAGUUCUACGAAUUGGUUAAAUAAACACACUGAAGUAUGGUCUACUUUGACAAAUUAUGCAGAAGAAUAUUGUCCUUCUUGGUUAACUAGUUUAAAACUAUCCCUUCAGUCACAUUUACCAUGGCGUAAAUGUACAUCAAAUCAGGAAACAAUCAAUAUUUUCUCUGUUGCUUCUGGUCAUUUAUAUGAAAGACUGUUAAGAAUUAUGAUGUUAACUGUUAUCCGGCAUACAAAUUCACCGGUGAAAUUUUGGUUUUUAAAAAAUUACCUGUCACCAACAUUUAAAGAUUUUAUACCAUAUAUGGCAGCUGAAUAUGGUUUUGAAUAUGAAUUUGUUCAGUACAAGUGGCCACGUUGGUUACACGCUCAAACAGAGAAACAACGUAUUAUCUGGGGUUAUAAAAUAUUAUUCUUAGAUGUUUUAUUCCCCUUGAAUGUGACGAAAAUUAUAUUUGUAGAUGCUGAUCAGAUCGUUCGAGCAGAUUUAAAAGAAUUAGCUGAUCUUGAUUUAGGCGGUGCACCAUACGGUUAUACACCAUUCUGUGAUUCACGUAAAGAAAUGGAUGGUUUUCGAUUUUGGAAACAAGGUUAUUGGGCUAAUCAUUUAGCUGGUCGACCAUAUCAUAUUUCAGCUCUGUAUGUUGUCGAUUUAACACGUUUUCGUCGAUUAGCUGCAGGUGAUCGACUUCGUGGUCAAUAUCAUGGUUUAAGUCAAGAUCCGAAUAGUUUAUCGAAUUUAGAUCAAGAUUUACCCAAUAAUAUGAUUCAUCAGGUACCAAUCAAAUCUCUACCUCAAGAAUGGCUAUGGUGUGAAACUUGGUGUUCUGACGAAAGUUUAGCAAAGGCUAAAACAAUCGAUCUGUGCAAUAAUCCACGGACAAAAGAACCUAAACUGACAGCAGCAAUGCGUAUUGCACCAGAAUGGGUAGAUUAUGAUCGUGAAAUUAAAAAAUUAUGGAAACGUGUUUAUCAGUCUUCACCACAACCGCCUACAGAACAUACAAUCGAAGAGACUAAGUCUACAGAUAGUCCAUCGACUUCUACACUUCCUACUGCAUCAGAGGAUACUACUUUGAAAGUUGAUGAUUACUCCACAAAGACUGAGUUGUAAAAUUCGCCUUGAAAACAAUCUUCAAGACGCUUCCGUCCAUAUAUAUAUCUGUAUAAACAUUUGUAUGUAUGUAUAUUGAGUGUUUUAAUCUUUCUUUGGCUGUGUAUGUGCGUAUGUGUGUGUGGAAGGGGGGUCGAAUUUCCACAUGGAUUCAUCUAUCCCCUUGACUUUAGAACUUCUAUUAUAAUGCUUACUUUUCUUCUUUCUUCUGACAACACACCUACUUUUAUUGACACUAGAAUGAUGUCUGAUGAUCCACCCUAGACAACACAACGAUAUAAACAUUCUUUUUUUUAUUUCCCCUUCUUCUUUGUUUCACACUGUAUACAACAUAUUUUUCUACAACUCAGUACUCAAUGUAUGUGUGUGUAUGUAGGUAUAUUUGUUAAUUGCUCAUUUAUGUGUGUGUGCAUGUGUGUGAGCAUUUCUUGUCAAAUGAUAAAAUCUUCUUUAUGCUCUUCUGGAAAAGCUCUAUUGUGUAUAGUUUGUAAUACAAUUUUUGCAAUUUA